AAGGAUGUUCUCUGGUGCUGGUACUCCGACUUUGAAAAAGCCUUUUUCCAACUGAAGCCGUUGCUGAAUUCGGCUCUGCUGCUCGCACACUAUGACCCGACACUGCUGAUCGUCGUUGAUGCAGACAACUCCGUUCAUGGCGGUGGUGCCAUCAUUUCGCAUACUUUUCCUGACAGGUCCGAAAAGAAGUUCCACAGGCUGCUGUACCGUCAUCGUGUCACGCUGUUGACCGACCAUAAACAGUUACUGUCCAUCUUCAGUUCGAAGAAGGGCAUUCCAGUCUAUUCAGUUAGCCGACUUAAAAGAUGGGCAAGCAUCCUCAUCGGUUCCGAUUUUGAUAUCCGCUACUGUUACAUUACUGACUUUGGCCAGGCUGACGCCCUUUUCCGCCUCAUCUGUAAUUAUCAGGAACCCGAGGGAGAUACGGUGAUUGCUGCUAUUUCGAUUGACGACGAUGUGCGCCGUCAGUUUUUGGACAUAAGUCGAGGCAUACCUGUAACUGCCGCCGACAUCCGACGCGUUAUUGAACAGGAUCCGGUGCUUCGACAAGCUAUCUCCUAUGUGCAAGCCACUUGGCCCACCUCUGAUCUUACUGGCGAUCUUUACCAGCUCUUCCUGGGUCGAGCAUCGCUGUCUGUGGUGGAUUCCUGCCUAAUGUUUGCAGACCGCAUUGCCAUUCCUCAUUCACUUCGACCUGCUGUGCAACUCCAGUUUCAUGCUGCUCACCCUGCUACCAGUCGAAUGAAGUCCAUCGCUCACAGCCGUACUCAGGUAUUGGGAGCAGAGGUUAACUUGGUUACCGUUGCAAGCAGAAAGAGACAGCUAAAACUCAGAUUGAAAGAUGCAGCAAAGUUUUGCAGUACUGUCAGGACAGAAGACUGCGCCAUUCAAUGCGGCUACGACAGCAAACCGACGGGUAUGUCUUCAAUCGCAGACGCUGCUGAAGAAGAAAAGCCGAAAAAACGGGCUCAGUAUUUGAACGCAGCCACCUAA